AUGAAGGUUGCGAUCUUCGGCAUCACCGUCUCCCUGAUCUGCACCGUCAUGAUCUCCGUCAUGAUCGCAGGGGAAGGAGGCGACUACGACUAUGACGCUAUUCAGGGCUACCGCAACGAGCUCGUAGAGUUUUCCGGAGAGUCUAUGCUCAAUCAGACUCCCUGGGUGCUCCAGCAUGUGUACACCCCUUGGAACGAGUCCGUAGAUCCUGCAACCCAUACCACUGAUGGAUGGUUGUGGGGGGAGGAAAUCGAAGACUAUCCCGGACUCGGCUCUUCGGCUCAGAUCCGUCUCGACCCUACUCAGAAAUCGACCGUAUUGCUCGGCUACACCGAGGACAGAAUCCAGUACACCCAGGUUGACGGCUAUCAGUUUUGGAGCUCCAAGAACGGCGGAGUAUGGCAAUAUGUCAACUACGUCGUCCCCAUCGAGAAACUGAUGAACUGGGCCGGAGUCGACUCCGAGAUUACCAGCUUCCACUCUCCUAGCAAUUGGAACUUUACCGGUUAUCGCUACGUCUUCGAUCCUACUCUGCCUUUCAGCGCGACGAAUCCGAGCGGAACGUCUAUCGGUACCAGGGACGGCUCUUUAAGCCUCGUAUGGUACUCCUUCGGAGGCCAGGAAGGGCUCUCGGGAGGUCUCGACGUAUAUGGCGGCGACAUCCUGCUGGCCUCCUAUUCUGCAACGGACAUCAUCGGAGACUACCGCACCGAAUCCGGUUAUGCGACCGUCUACGACUUCGAUUUCCAGGGCACCCAUCUCAAUCUCAGCAUCAGGUUCGACGCAGACGUCAUCGAAGGCGGUAAGACCCUGAUGCAGGCCUGGACUGAAGGCGACUGGUCGAUGGCCAUCAGCUCCCUGUCCGCAGGCAACUUCUUCGACAUCGAAGGCAGCACAUCAUUCACCGCCACCGCAGGCAACAUGAUCAACACCUUCAUUCAGAUCUACACCUUCAACACCCCAUCCAUUGAUAACCCCUGGAUGGACGUGCUUCUCUGGCUUAUCGGUGUUAUAAUGGCAUCAACCAAGGCAAUCGCAGCAAUCGCCCUCACUCUCAUCAUCGCAGUACCCAUCGGACUCGGCUACGUCCUCGCAUUCGACGAGGAAGAGACGACAAACUGGGAGACCACUGAACAGUACAACGUCAGCGAUCUGCUGCUUAACAGCUCCUCUCCCUACUAUCAGGUUUACACCGGUCCGAACAACAAUAUGAUCAGGGGCGGAGCAGGCUACGUCAGCACCGGCACAACUCCCUCGAGCAUUCAGAUCAUGAGCGAGGUCUCCCACACCAUCACGGUCACAACCUCCUAUCAGACUCUUUCCGAGUCAUCGGUGUUCGGACUUCUCCCUGCUAAAGGAGUCCUCCAGCUCACAUCCGGGGAUGGCAACGUGACUCAGUACGCGGUACCUACUUCCGCAUCCGCAUACUUCGAGAAAUAUUCCACCGGCUCUGCGAGGAUCCGCGUGACGGAUUCCUCGAACAAUAUCACAUUCCUCGACUAUACUAACAUCGUCAAGGUCGAGGUAAAGGUCACAUCCGGCUCUGCCUCGAUGCUUUAUAGAAGCCUCUCCCCCACCGGACAGUACGCAGAUCCUGCCGCAGGUUGGCAGGUUCUCCAGGGCGCACCCGUCGACUGGUCCAACGGAUUCUACAACGACCGCAUCACAUUCAUGGUUGACUUCAAGGACUGGGGCCAGCCCUCCGCAGAUGUCCUUUUCGGACUCGGAGGAGAGUCCUAUCUCUAUCUGAAGAUGACUGCCGGCAAAGUCUCCUAUGGCUUCGCAUCCUUCGACGGAGACAAUGAGCUCGUACUCCCCACCGGCUCCGCCCUGACUGCUCUCGGAAAAUAUUCGACCAUCAGGGUGGUCAUCACCGAGGACUCGUACAUUAUCAGCGGACUCGCAGCAUGGCCCUCGAUGGGAGUUGCUGCCAACGUUCUCAACACCGUCACCGUCGCCCACGACGUCAACGAGGAUCUUCUUCAUGUGGAGAUCUUCAACACCGACGGACUGACUACUCUGCGCUGCGACUCCGCAGAUAUUCUCGCAGGAUCCUUCCCGUCGACCAAGGAUUAUACUCUCGACCUAGUGAGCCUAUACCCUGACUCUCUGAUGAGCCUCAAACUCAACUCUAUCGGCGUCUAUGGGGACUCUCUCACCGUCGGAGGUGUCGAGCUACCCGUCACUGAUGGAAAGGUCCACGUCGAUGGAAAGAACGUGAGCCUGAAGGGUGCAGUGAUCUCCUUCCUCCCCGAUGAGGAGGGAUGGCUGAGCUGCUACAUCAACGGGCGCGACCUCGGCAUGCAUUUCGCAGCUCUUCCCUCCGUCACCUUCGGAGGAGAAUGGAGCCUCACUGCAAUCGCCUUCAAGGUCGAGCAGGUAGCCGGCACCAGUGUCGAAUGGCAUGCCGGGGACUUCGGUCUCGACCAGGGCGGAAUAAUCGCCGCCGGACUGUUGACCUGCAUCGGAGCAUUCGUGUUCCUUGGAAUGUAUGGGAAGGCAUCCGGCACCAAGAUCGGACUCCUCGCAUUAGUAUGCGGAGGAGCUGCGAUAAUACUCUUUAUGAUGAUUUGA